AUGGUGGCUAUAUACCCCCGUUCACUAAUUAAAGCCUUAUCCCCUUUCGGCGCCCUCAUACGCUCUCUCCUCAUAUCUUCCCUCCUCCUUGUCCCUCUUGUCAGCGGCCAAACCGUAAUCGUCAUAACCGUCGCUCCUCCUAUCCCCAGCGAAGUCCCUUCAUUCACCAACCACGACACCUUCACCUCCGCCAUCAUCAAUAGCACCAACUUCCACCGCACCGCACACAACGCCUCCACGGUCCGCUGGAACGACACCCUAGCGGCCUUCGCCUCGGGAUACUUAUCUUCACACUCUUCCUCAUCGCCACAUUCCCAAAAAGAGACCUGCCGCAUGAAGCACUCAGGAGGCCCUUAUGGCGAAAACCUAGCACUGGGAUGCUCUGACGUAGGAGACUGCGUAGAUCUAUGGGGUAACGAAGAUGCACAGUAUAACUAUGAUGACCCGGGGUUCAGCGAGGCGACGGGGCAUUUUACGCAGUUAGUAUGGCGCGAUACGACCGACGUCGGUUGUGGAGCGAAACUGUGUCCUGGGAAUUACGGUUGGUAUCUUGCGUGCGAGUACUGGCCGCGCGGGAACAUUAUCGGUGCGUUUGCCGAGGAGGUUGAGCCGGAGAGCGGUGCAGCGGCGCUGAGGACGAAGAAAGGGGUGGGCUCAUGGGCUGCUGAGGUGUUGGUUGUUGGUGCGACGAUGGUUGCGUGGUGGGGGUUGAUAUGA